CUACUGGCUUUACUCAAUUUCAACUACGCCACAAGCAGCAUUUGCGCAAUCGCAGUUCACAUCAGCGAAUUUUUCAGUCGCUCUUGACGUCAUAUUGGUGGUACUGUCCUGCGUUCUAACUUUACGAGUUGCAAGCCUCUUCCAUCGGUCUUUGGAUGUAAACUUUUCCGGAUUUCAGUUCCUUCAACCUGGGUCCUGCCAGUGUCCUAAUGGCCAUUGAGAGGAAAGAAAGAGCGCAGGUGGAAACACGGGGGUCCACUCCUGCGCAUGUGCAGUGACCCGAGCGGAGGAGACGGGGCGUGGCCUGGGCGCGGAGGCUCCGCGCUUGCGCUCAGUUUUCUCGGUGCCACCGCAGCCGGGAGGCGAUUGGAGUAUGUCAGCCCCUUUUGAGGAACGCAGUGGGGUCGUUCCGUGCGGGACGCCGUGGGGCCAGUGGUACCAGACGUUGGAGGAGGUGUUCAUUGAAGUUCAGGUCCCGCCAGGCACUCGCGCCCAGGAUAUCCAGUGCGGCCUGCAGAGCCGGCAUGUGGCGCUGGCCGUGGGUGGUCGCGAGAUCCUCAAGGGCAAACUUUUUGAUUCCACAAUAGCUGAUGAGGGAACAUGGACUUUGGAGGAUAGGAAAAUGGUCCGUAUUGUUCUAACAAAGACAAAGAGAGAUGCAGCGAAUUGUUGGACUUCUCUUCUAGAAUCUGAAUAUGCAGCUGAUCCUUGGGUGCAAGAUCAAAUGCAGAGAAAACUUACAUUAGAGAGAUUCCAGAAGGAAAAUCCUGGUUUUGACUUCAGCGGAGCAGAAAUCUCAGGAAACUACAGUAAAGGUGGACCAGAUUUCUCAAAUCUUGAGAAAUAACCGCAAUUUUCUCGCUGCAUUUUGUGGAUCCUAGCAGAUGUUGUCAGCUUAAUCAAAGGAACAGAUUAUGUGGUGGAAGAAAAACGUGGAUGCCUCCAGUUAACAAAUUGCAAAAAUAUAUUUAAAUAUGGUUCUAAAAAUUGCAUUCAAACAUGAUUUACAUAGGAAACAUCCUAAAUACUGUGGGAACUAUUCUAUUGAUAUAUGGUAACUUUUUUUUGGACUUCUUUUUUUUCUCAGCAUGAAUUUUUUAUAUGCUGCAUUUUAGUAAUUUCAUAUUUAACCUGGAUUUUUAAUACAAAAAACAUUAGGGUAUAGAUCAUGUGAGAUGACAGGUGCCUUCAGGGAAAAUUAAGUUUUUCUUUCAGUAAGUGUGAUGCAAGAAUAAUACUCAAUAAAGUUUUCUAAAUAGGAAUUGUGUACCCUUUUGUCUGAAGUGUGCCUGUUCACAUAAGGAAGUUAUAUUACUGAAAAACAUUUUUUUUUUUUUUUUUUUUUUUUUUUUUUUUGUCUUUUUAGGGCCGCACCUGCGGCAUAUGCAAGUUCCCACUCUAGGGGUCCAAUUGGAGCUACGGCUGCCAGCCUACACCACAGCCAUAGCAACUCGGAAUCCGAGCUGCAUCUGUAACCUAGAACACAGCUCAUGGCAACGCCAGAUCUUUAACCCGCUAAACAAGGCCAGGUAUUGCACCUGUGUCCUCAUGGAUAGUAGUUGGGUUAGUUACUGCUGAGCCAUGAUGGCAAUUUCCUGAAAAACAUUUUUAGAAAGGAAAAGACAGUCUACAAAUAUGUUCUGAGUAAGUUAAUUUUAAAAGUUACUGGAAAUUUCUGAAUUAGUACAUUUUUCCUUAAGGGAUGCGUUUAUGUCAAGAAAUGGAAAAAUAGUUAAAAACCUAA